AGAUUACUGUGCCAUGCUAUGAAGGACCAUAUAGUUCGUGUUGCAAAUGAAGCUGAGUUUAUUUUGAACAGACAGAGAGCCGAAGAUGUACAUAAACAUGCAGAGUUUGAGUCACAGUGUGCCCAGUAUGCUGCUGAUAGAAGAGAGGAAGAAAAGAUGUGUGACCAUCUGAUCAGUGCUGCGAAACAUCGAGACCACGUAACAGCAAAUCAGCUGAAACAGAAGAUUCUCAAUAUUCUCACAAAUAAACAUGGUGCUUGGGGAGCAGUUUCUCAUAGGUGAGUUGUAAUAAAUUAGAGUAAAUAACAAUUCAUAGGUUAA